AUGGCUUCAUUAGCUAAUAAGAUCAAUUCUAAAUCACCAAAGAACAUACCAGCUGAAGGUUUCACUGUUAAAGCUGCGAUGAAAAAUAGCAAGGUUAAACCACCCCCGAUAUCAGGAGCUUAUAAGGAAAAAAGCUCAGUUCCAACAAAAUUUCGUAAAUAUUAUGAAAGAGGUGAUUUCCCCGUCUCUAUUGAACAUGAUGCUAAAGGCAAUAAAAUCGCGUGGAAGGUUGAGAUUGAAAAACUCGACUAUCAUCAUUAUCUUCCCUUAUUCUUUGAAGGCUUAUGUGAAACACAGCACCCUUACGAUUUCCUUGCUCGUCAGGGUAUUCACGAUAUGCUUGAGCAUGGAGGUGCAAAAGUCCUCCCAGUAAUUCCUCAACUUAUAAUUCCCAUCAAGCAUGCUUUAAAUACCAGAAAUCGAAAAGUCAUUUGCACUACAUUAAAAGCACUACUUCAUUUAGUAGAAUCUGGUGAUCUUGUUGGCGAAGCAUUGGUUCCCUACUACAGACAAAUUUUACCAAUGCUGAAUGCGUUCAAGAAUAGUAAUUUGAAUAUCGGUGAUGGCAUUGACUAUGGACAGCAAAAAAGGGAAAACAUUGGAGACUUAAUUAAUGAAACUUUAGAAGAAUUAGAAAAACGUGGAGGCUCGGAUGCUUAUAUUAAUAUUAAAUAUAUGGUACCAACAUAUGAAUCAUGCGUUCAAAACUAG